GUCAGAAAACAGUACUAAAAUCAAUAAUCUCCGAAUUUUCUGUCUACUUAAUAAUACAACGUAUCCGAAAACGUACCAUGGAUUCAGCAACUCAGUCCAUUGUGGAGAGGUUACAAAAAUGGUCUAGCUGUGAUGUCUCGGACGGCUUAUCCAGGCUCGGACAUGUUCACGGCGGUUUUCUUGAGGGACUCGUGAUGUACUCGCCAAGCUUUCGAGCAGAAACGACCAAGAUUGUUGGGCCUGUGUUCACUGUGAAAUUUGCUCCGAAGGCUGACAAGCAAGCCCCUAAAGUUGAGGGGAACUAUAUCGACCAAAUUCCAAAGGGUGCGGUUGUGUUCAUUUCGCAGCCUACGCCCCACAUCAAUGCAUGUUAUGGUGGCCUCAUGUCAUUGAGGGCAAAGUAUCUUGGCGCCGCUGGUGUGAUCAUUGAUGGAUUUCUACGGGAUCUGCAAGAGCAUAGGGACCUCGAGUUCCCUGUGUUUAGUAAAGGGACAGGAACAACAGCGGGUAAUUCCGUAUGCUUUGCUUCCGAAAUCAACGUCCCAAUUAAACUGCAGUCUACAAUACAGGAAGCUACUAUCAAUCCAUCCGACUACAUUAUUGCCGACCUAAAUGGUGUUGUAUGUGUGCCAGCAGACUUGGUCGAAAAAGUCCUUGAGGUUAUUCCAGACAUAGUGGGAGCCGAUGAGAAAUGCGCCAACGCCAUUAGGAAUGGAGUAACAGUUAAGGAGGCGUUUAAGACAUACAGAGGAAAAUAGACAGACAUAACGGUAUUCUAAAAGUACUACCGUUUGGAUCUUCUAAGCUUAGAAUCAAUGGAAGCAGGGUUAGGGUUAUAUUAUUGGGGUUCCACCAUUCCCCUGAAUACCUGUACCACAAUCUGCUAUGAACAUUAGAACUACAUAGCUCUCAGGCAAAGUACCUA